UCCGGGCUCCUCCUCCCGGCUCCGUAGUAAGCAUGGCGGCGGCGGCGUUCGUGGUCCCUCGGGUGAAACAGAAAGCGGGAGCUACGCGGAGAGGGAGCGAAGAGCGGGGCUGAGGCGGCACCGUCACUGCCGGGAAACCACCCCAACAGUCAGUGCGCCGGCGGCCGCGGCGGCCCCGAGAGCUGGCUCUGCCGCUGAAGUGGAGCGAGAACGAUCAGGAACCCGAAGAAGAGGCGCCGGGGUAGCCGCCUUCCUCCGCCUCAGAGCGGCGUGACUCGGAGAGUUGGAGGGUUAUCCGGUAUAUUAAUGUCUUAUUGAUAAUGGCAGAACAUCCACCACUACUGGAUACAACUCAGAUUUUAAGUAGUGAUAUUUCUCUUCUAUCUGCCCCUAUUGUAAGUGCAGAUGGAACACAACAGGUUAUCCUGGUACAAGUUAACCCAGGGGAAGCAUUUACAAUAAGAAGAGAAGAUGGACAGUUUCAGUGCAUUACAGGUCCUGCUCAGGUUCCAAUGAUGUCCCCAAAUGGUUCUGUGCCUCCUAUUUACGUGCCUCCUGGAUAUGCCCCACAGGUUAUUGAAGACAAUGGUGUUCGAAGAGUUGUUGUGGUUCCUCAGGCACCAGAGUUUCAUCCUGGUGGUCACACAGUCAUCCAUCGUUCUCCACAUCCUCCUCUGCCUGGUUUCAUUCCUGUACCAACCAUGAUGCCCCCUCCACCACGCCACAUGUACUCACCAGUAACUGGAGCUGGAGACAUGGCAACACAGUAUAUGACACAGUAUCAGUCUUCACAAGUAUAUGGAGAUGUAGAUGCCCACUCUACACAUGGAAGGUCCAACUUCAGAGAUGAAAGAUCUAGUAAGACAUAUGAACGUUUGCAGAAAAAAUUAAAAGAUCGCCAAGGAACACAGAAGGAUAAAAUGAACAGUCCACCAUCAUCACCCCAGAAAUGCCCUUCUCCCAUAAAUGAACAUAAUGGGCUUAUGAAAGGGCAGAAUGCUAGUGGUGUAAACAUAGGAUCAGCAAAGAACAAGUCAGGAAGGGGGAAAGGUGGUGCACAAAUUGAUACAGAAAUAGAAGAAAAAGAUGAAGAAACUAAAGCUUUUGAAGCACUUCUUUCCAACAUUGUCAAACCAGUGGCCUCAGACAUCCAGGCAAGGACAGUAGUACUUAACUGGUCACCUCCUUCCAGCCUCAUUAAUGGCGAAACAGAUGAGACUACUGUACCAGAGCUCUAUGGUUAUGAAAUUCUGGUCUCAAGUACUGGAAAAGAUGGGAAAUAUAAAAGUGUAUAUGUAGGAGAAGAAACCAGUGUCACUUUAAAUGAUCUCAAACCAGCUACAGAUUACCAUGCAAAAGUCCAGGCAGAAUACAAUUCUAUAAAGGGAACUCCUUCCGAAGCUGAAACCUUUACCACCUUGAGCUGUGAACCUGACAUACCUAAUCCACCAAGGAUAGCCAAUCGGACCAAAAAUUCACUCACUUUGCAAUGGAAGGCACCUAGUGACAAUGGUUCUAAAAUCCAAAGUUUUAUUUUAGAAUGGGAUGAGGGAAAAGGAAAUGGAGAAUUUUGUCAGUGUUACACGGGCUUACAGAAACAAUUUAAAAUUACUAAACUGUCACCAGCAAUGGGUUGUAAAUUUAGACUAUUAGCCAAAAAUGACUAUGGUCCAAGUGGUUUUAGUGAAGACGUCUUAUAUUACACCUCAGGCUGUGCCCCUUCUAUGCCAGCAAGUCCUAUAUUAAUUAAAGCUGGGGUUACUUGGUUAUCCUUACAAUGGAGUAAACCCUCAGGAACACCAUCAGAUGAAGGAAUUUCUUAUAUUUUAGAGAUGGAGGAAGAAACUUCAGGAUAUGGUUUUAAGCCUAAAUAUGAUGGAGAAGACCUUGCUUACACAGUGAAAAAUCUCAGACGUAGUACAAAGUAUAAAUUUAAGGUUAUUGCUUAUAACUCAGAAGGUAAAAGUAAUCCAAGUGAAGUAGUUGAAUUUGCUACAUGCCCUGAUAAACCAGGAGUACCUGUAAAGCCCUCAGUUAAAGGAAAGAUACAUUCACAUAGUUUUAAAAUAACUUGGGACCCACCAAAAGACAAUGGAGGGGCAGCCAUCAAUAAAUAUGUAGUAGAGAUGGCAGAAGGUUCUAAUGGAAACAAGUGGGAUAUGAUAUACAGUGGAGCUACUAGGGAACAUCUUUGCGAUCGACUGAAUCCAGGCUGUUUAUAUCGUUUUCGAGUUUACUGCAUCAGUGAUGGAGGACAGAGUGCGGUAUCUGAAUCUUUACUUGUGCAGACUCCAGCUGUGCCUCCUGGCCCAUGCCUCCCUCCCAGAUUACAGGGUAGACCCAAAGCAAAAGAAAUACAGUUACGAUGGGGACCCCCUUUGGUCAAUGGUGGAUCACCCAUUUCUUGCUAUGGUGUGGAAAUGUCUCCUGUAGAAAGAGAUGAACCCAGAGAAGUUUACCAAGGUUCUGAAGUGGAAUGUACAGUGAGCAGCCUUCUUCCUGGAAAGACUUACAGCUUCAGACUGCGUGCAGCUAACAAAAUGGGGUUUGGACCAUUUUCAGAAAAAUGUGAUAUUACUACAGCCCCUGGACCACCAGAUCAGUGCAAGCCCCCUCAAGUUACAUGGAGAUCUGCGACUUGUGCACAAGUGAAUUGGGAGGUCCCUUUGAGUAAUGGAACUGAUGUCACUGAAUAUCGCUUGGAGUGGGGAGGAGUUGAAGGAAGUAUGCAGAUAUGUUACUGUGGGCCCGGUCUCAGUUAUGAAUUAAAAGGACUUUCACCAGCAACUACCUAUUAUUGCAGAGUCCAGGCUCUGAGUAUUGUGGGUGCAGGCCCUUUCAGUGAAGUAGUAGCCUGUGUGACUCCACCAUCAGUUCCUGGUAUUGUGACUUGUCUUCAAGAAGUAAGUGAUGAUGAUAUAGAAAAUCCCAAUUAUUCACCGUCUACAUGCCUUGCAGUAAGCUGGGAAAAGCCUUGUGAUCAUGGUUCAGAAAUCCUUGCCUACAGCAUAGACUUUGGAGAUAAACAGCCCUUGACUGUGGGAAAGGUUACAAGCUACAUUCUAGACAAUUUGCAACCAGAUACAACAUACAGAAUACGAAUUCAAGCCUUGAAUAGCCUUGGAGCUGGUCCUUUCAGCCACAUGAUAAAAUUAAAAACUAAACCCCUCCCUCCUGAUCCACCUCGUCUGGAAUGUGUUGCCUUCAGCCACCAGAACCUUAAACUGAAGUGGGGAGAAGGAACCCCAAAGACAUUGUCGACAGAUUCUGUUCAGUACCACCUUCAGAUGGAGGAUAAGAAUGGAAGGUUUAUAUCCCUGUACAGAGGUCCAUGCCAUACAUACAAAGUACAAAGACUUAAUGAGUCGACAUCUUAUAAAUUCUGUAUUCAAGCUUGUAAUGAAGCGGGGGAAGGUCCUCUUUCCCAAGAAUAUAUUUUCACUACUCCAAAAUCUGUCCCAGCUGCCCUGAAAGCCCCCAAAAUAGAGAAAGUAAAUGAUCACAUUUGUGAAAUUACAUGGGAGUGUUUACAGCCAAUGAAAGGUGAUCCAGUUAUUUACAGUCUUCAAGUUAUGGUGGGAAAAGAUUCAGAAUUCAAACAGAUUUACAAAGGGCCUGACUCUUCAUUCCGGUAUUCAAGCCUUCAGCUGAACUGUGAAUAUCGUUUCCGUGUGUGUGCCAUUCGCCAGUGCCAAGACCCUGUGGGGCAUCAGGACCUCGUAGGCCCCUACAGCACAACAGUGCUCUUCAUCUCUCAGAGGACUGAACCACCAGCCAGCACCAACAGAGACACUGUGGAAAGCACGAGGACCCGGCGGGCACUCAGUGACGAGCAGUGUGCAGCCGUCAUCCUUGUGCUGUUUGCUAUCUUUUCCAUUUUGAUUGCCUUUAUCAUUCAGUACUUUGUAAUCAAGUGAAAAUAUAACUUUAUUUUUAAUAUUGUAUUACAUUUUAUUUUGUCAUGUACUAAAAUUAUUUCUGUAUUGCUUUUACAAAAACAGUGACAUUUAGCACUGGCAUUGAGACUAUAGUACAUCAUUUUUGCCAUUUUUAAUGCUUAUAUUGUUAGGUAGAGGCUGGCACCUUAUUAGAAUGCAAGCCACAGAAAUAGCACGUUUUGGUUUUUUGUUCGGUUGGGGCUCUUUUUCUUUUCUUUUCUUUUUCUUUUUUUUCUUUUUUUGACAUGCCUUCUUGUGAAACAAACUUUCUGAGAGGCAACAAUAUAUAAUUGAUACUUUGACCAGUCAGCAUGAGUGUAACAGUGACAACCUGAUCUGUUUGUUUUAAUUAUUACCUAGUGAAAAAUUCAGAGUGAUUAAAAUUUACACUAACAUGCUAUAUAAAAAUGUUAAAGUAUGAUGCUGUGAAAGCAAUCUAGUGCUAUAUUUCUACCUCCUCAUUUGUCUUAAUUUGGUAAAGUGGGAUUAUGACGACUAACUGGAGGGCUUAGCAGACAAAACCGGCUGAAAGCAUACGCGUGGGAAAAAGAAGCUUCCUGCUUGAUAAACGUGGAGUUCUUCAUUAUAAGUAUAUAUUCAUGAAUUCACAGAUAAGUCACUUAAAGAAGGCACAGACAGUUUACUUGGCCUAAAAGUAUUUUAAUGUUUACUCAAAAACCCAUCUUCAGGUCUUGAGAACAUGGAAAAGAACAGAGGCCUUUUACAUACUUUUUUAAAGUAAUCAUAAUUCUGAACUUCAAACCUAUUUAAUACGGUUUUGUGAGCCUUUGAACUAUAUGUGUGUGUAUAAGGAAAUGCACAUACAUAUAUGGCUUUAUAUAUACCAAGUGUAGAA